AUGGUUCAGUGGCGACGGCCUUCGAUCACCUGGAGGGAAAUUGCAGCCAUUUGCUGCUGUUGUGGCCGCAGCCGAGCGGUGGAGCGAGCGCUGGGUUUGAAGCUCAUCAGCAAGGAAGAGCAGGAGAGAGUGCUCCACUCGUACAACCCCGAGGAGGAAAUCUUUCGGGCGCUGUCUCCGAAGGCCCAGAGUGCGGUAGAGGCGGCCUUCUACCCCUUCCAAAACAGGCGAUCGCUUCGCUACAUCGGCGACGUCUACAGACUUGACGAACUCCUCCUCCGUACGCCCUCCUCCGAAGAGGCGGCGGCACGCGCCUGUCCCUCUUGCCGCGCCUCCGUGGUUUGUCCCCUGGAACCCGAGGGGGGUGUGGUUUUGCGCUUGAGGCGCCCGCGGCAGUCUCCGCCUCAGCGGGGAAAAGAUGAGCCAGGUACCGUCGCCAGCCGCAGAUCGCCUCCGAGCGUGUUGUGGCCUGACCGAGGGGAAUCCACAGACGGCGGCAAAAAUGGAGGAAGCCAUGGAUGUAGCUCGAGUCACUCGGCCGCAGUCCAGGCGGAGAGAUCGGGCGCCGCCAAAGAAGGGGGGAAGGCGGCGGGCGAUCACGCUGGGGUCAGGACGCCAGAAAGGGAGCUGAAGAAAUCUGUGUCUUUCAGCAGAGCUGUGUUAGCUGACUCGCGCAGGCAAGGCCCAACUCAGGCGGAAGAGGAGAGCGCAGGACGGAGCGUUUCUUCCCGCGGCGGCGCGCCUUCCUCCGCGGCGAGAGCAGAAGGAAGCAGCCAAACUCCUCCCCCUUCGGAAUUGCUGCGGAUGGCGUCCCUGUUCUCAUCGAGGUCCCUGUCGCCGCCUAGGGAAGACGACUGGGCUGUGUCUCUUCCCCCCGGCGUCGCCCCUGGCGCGCAAGAGCAGCAGCCCAUCCGAAUCACGGCUCUGGUGAAGCUCGAGAGGAGGCGCGCCCAGCAGCAAGAGAGAUUUCGGAACCGUGCGGCAUGCCCUGGGGCAGCUAAUCAAGAGAGUAGUUCAGGGAGUGACAGCGAUGAAGACGAAUUCCUCUUCUUCCCCUCUCGCCACCCGAGCCUAGCAGCUGACGGAGCGCCGGCGUUCGAGGGCAGCACUUCGCCGCCCGUAUCGCCGUCGCCGCAAGACACACUCACUGCGGCGACAGAGGCUGCAAAGGCAGUGGCUGCGUCGGAUAUUCUGUUUCCCGAUAAUGCUCUCUCCUCUGGGGGCCUGUCUCGACUCAGGUCGAGGCACCGCCUUGACGCAGAACUGAGAGAGGCCAGCGGUCUGCAGGAGCAAGCGGUGGACGCGGGCGGCGGAGGCGCCGCGUUGGCAUCCGCCGCCUGCGUCUCGCGCAACGGGUCCUUUUCGGGGGAUUCGAUGCACAGUGAAGCUCGAUGGGCAUGCACGUGUGAGCCUCAUAGCCCUCUUGAAACGCAGAGAGAUGCGGCCGGGACGCCGCAACAGACGGCCUCUAGCAGCAGUAAGGACGACGUUUUGCGGGAGCACCGGAAGCGCGGCUGGGUGUCGAGUACUGGUGGGGUCGGAGAUGAGGAUCCUGAGGAUACGUGGCAUGCAGUGGAGCCGGCGAGCGCGAGUAGGGUCGACCCGACAGCACAAGGAAUGCAAGCAGGUGGAUCAUCAGCUGCUUUGCUGCGAGGUGAAGGCCAGCGUACGCGACAGUCGCCGAACCGUGAAGCAUCUGCUGGCGGUGCUGAAAAUGAAGAGCCGGAAUACAGGCCGUGUUUGUCGAAUUGUCUGUCUCCGACGGCAAACGCGACGCGGCCUUCAAGCGAAUGGAUGCAUGAGACAGGCCGCAGCGAAGAUGAGGCUGAGAGGCGCGACGAGUUCAGGCCUCUCUCGUCAGGUCGAUCAUUAUCCGAGGACGAUGACGCAGGCAUGGUGACAGCCCGAGGCGCUCUUAUUGCGCCAAGUUUUGUCAGCAGCAGAGAGUUUUACACACCGCGCCCGCUGCGCCCGACUUCGUCUUCGUUCCAGCCUGGCUGGAAUGCCCCCUGUCAGCGACAGGGAUCGUUGACCGGUGGAGGUUCCGAGUCGAUGAGCCGUACGAUAUCUGGGAGUUGGAGAUCCGCAGGCCCGUCUGUUUCGUAUUCCUUGGAAUCCGGAUGGUCGAGCCCAACUAGCGACUGCCGCGACUCAAGAGGGCCGGCCUCCGGCGCGGGGCACCUCGAUUCCGGCAGGUUAGAGUGUUCUACAGAAGGGCGACACCGAAAAGACUCCUGGGGAAGCCCGCCUAAGGCGUCUUCUCAUGCAUCCUUUCCAAGGCAGGUAAGUCUGGCUAGAGGUGGAGAAUGUUCCCGACGGAGUGGGAGGCUGAGCAAGUCGCAAGUCUCCUUCUCGCCUUCGUCCUUCGAUUCACCAGCAUCUCCGCCCCCAGCUGACCAGGCCUCUGGGAAUGCCGCAGGAGAAAGCACUUCACGGCACAGAGGGCUUUCUGAUUGUUCACCUCGACCGCCUGAGAGCGUCGCAGCAGAGAGGCGACUGGCGGCUGCUGCUGCUGCCCUAGCGAGUUCGCUGGAAUGGGGCAGAGGAGGCGAUACCGGCCUCAGCUCCGACGACUUUGCGACCCCGAGGGAAUUCUAG